AACAAUGGACAGAUUAGUUUCAUGAUUACUUUGGCUUUCUUUUUUUAGCUCUCUUUAAUGUUUUGGUGGUAUCUAUUCUAUCACAAGCUUUAGCUUUAAUGUGAAGGAAGAUGAAUGACGAAAGAUUGGCUUUUGUAAGAGCUACGAAAGCACCAGUGUUUAAAACUCUGUAGUAUUUAACUCCUACUCAAACCUCUACCCAACCAAACCAUAACAAGAGCCAAGUGAGAAGAGUGAAAAGAGUGUAGAAGGGGGGCGGGGAAAUGCCUCCUUACAUCCCUCUACACAUCACUGAAGCAGUGAAAAGUGUUUGGGACAGAUGGAACAUCCGAGGGGCCAUUUUGUUCAGUCUCUGGUUGCAGGUCCUAUUGAUUCUGGUGGCUCCACUCAGAAAAUCUGCCAGAGGAAAAUUCAAUAUCAUCCUCAUUUGGUUUGCAUAUUUGCUGGCUGACGCAGCCGCCAAUUUUGCAGUUGGUCUCAUCUCCAACAGCCAACGCAAUCAAAAUGACAAGGCCGGCCACAAGGCCAACCAGAAGCCCGAGGAGAACAGUGAUCUGUUAGCAUUUUGGGCGCCCUUCCUUCUAUUACACCUCGGAGGCCCUGAUACCAUCACAGCUUUUGCUCUCGAAGAUAAUGAGCUUUGGCUAAGACACUUUCUGGGCCUUGGCUUUCAAGCAGGGGCUGUUAUUUAUGUCUUCAUCCAGUCACUUCCCAACAUAAACCUAUGGGUUCCCACAUUACUCAUGUUUGUGGCUGGUAUGAUCAAGUACGGCGAGCGGACAUGUGCUUUGUAUAAGGCGAGCUUGGACAAAUUUCGAGAUUCCAUGCUCAAAGAUCCGGAUGCUGGGCCCAACUACGCUAAACUUAUGGAGGAAUAUGACUUUAAGAAAAAGAACAAACUCCCAACACAAAUCAGUUCGACACUGGAGCCUGAUAAAGAAGCCAAGGCUUCUGAUAUUCCACCUAAGAAUGACCGCUUGAAGGACUUGGAGGUGGUGCAUUAUGCUUAUAAAUACUUCAAAACAUUCAAGGGACUUGUUGUUGAUCUCAUCUUCAGCUUUCGUGAGCGCGACGAGAGCCGUGAUUUCUUCCAAAGGAGGGAACCUGAAGAUGCUCUAAGGGUAAUUGAAGCUGAACUCAACUUCCUGUAUGGAACUCUCUAUACCAAGGUGGAAGUUCUACACUGGAAGACGAAGAAGAUCUAUGUUGGCUAUAUUUUGCGAUUCCUAGCUCUGGCAUGUGUUUUGGCUACUCUUGGAAUCUUCUAUUUCAAAGUAAACAAACAUGAAUUCCGUGGAGUUGAUAUUGGAAUCACCUACACCUUGCUUCUUGGUGCCAUUGCCCUGGAUGUAAUAGCCAUCUUCAUGCUCAUUUUCUCAGAUCGAAGUAUUGCUUCUAUAAAGGACCCUGAACGUCCACCCUGGUGGGCACCCAUCUACGAAGCUUUCCUUGUCCUCAUGAGGCCGUGGUGGAAGACUUGUACAUGCAACCGUAAGUACAAGCACAAACCCGAGGACAAACCCGAGCACAAACCCGAGGAAAAACCCGAGGACAAACACGAACACAAACUACUUGCCACUCCCCUUGUAGUUCGAAGGUGGUCUGGAUCCAUCUCAUCACACAACUUAAUAAGGUACUGCCUGAAAAGCAAUAGGAAAAGCAUCCAUGAAUUCCCUAGUUGGUGGCAGAUCAUGUUUGAAAGCAUACUUCGUUUCUUGAAACUCUAUGAAUGUUUUAAUAUAUGCGCUACCUGCAUUUGCAACGUCAUUGAAGAAUGUUUAAGCCCUAUUAGAAAAGGUCUAGGUAAAAUUUUCUGGCCCUGUUUCGAAAAAAUCUUUUCCUUUUGUGCGAAAGAUUUUAUGGAUGAGAUGGUGUAUGUGUCCCUCGAGCCAUUCAGUCUGGACCUAUGGAAGUUCAUCUUUGAGGAGCUAAAAACAAAAUCUGAGUUUGCAGAUACUCCAGAAACCGCAAAGAGAAUAUCCUCAGCCAGAGGUGAAUGGGCUUUGACGGAUGCUUGUGAAGAAACACAACGUGGCAAGCUACUGAGGUAUCUAAUUGAGGUUCCGUAUGAUGAGAGCAUUCUCUUGUGGCACAUUGCCACAGAUCUAUGCUACUACCCUGAUGAUGAGAAGGAUCGGAAGAAUACAAAUCAGCAGGAUGAUGGCAAGAAGAACUGUUGGAAUUUAUUUCACAACAAGAAUCCGACAGGUGGGCAGCAUGGUGACGUGGAGAAUCCGACAGAUGAGAAGGAGGAAUUGACAUAUCGGCAGUUCAGUAAAACCCUGUCGGAUUACAUGCUGUAUCUUCUAGUAUUUCGGCCAACCAUGAUGUCUGCUGUGGCGGGUAUUGGGAAAAUAAGAUUUCGUGACACAUGUGCUGAGGCUGAAAGGUUCUUUAAGAGAGGGGAUUUACAUCCAAAUCAGGACAAGAAAGCUUGCGAAGAAUUAUUGGAUGUGAGGACGGAUGUUGGCCCUCAGGAAGUGAAGGGAGACCGAAGUAAAUCAGUGUUGUUCGAUGCAUGUAUGCUGGCCAAAGAGCUAAAUAAGAUGAACAAUAAGUGGAAAAUAAUGAGCAAAGUGUGGGUCGAACUAGUCUCAUAUGCGGCAAGUCAUUGCCGAGCAAGUACACAUGCAGCAGAUGUAAGCCAAGGUGGAGAGCUUAUUACCUUCUUUUGGUUGUUGAUGGCUCACUUUGGUCUGGGGGAGCAGUUCCAAAUCAACGAAGGACAUGCAAGAGCCAAAUUAAUCGUGGGAAAGUAAUUAAAAAAACAAUUUUUUUUCCAUUUUCAUGCUUUGUUUUAUCUUUUAUUGUUACUGCACUAAUCCUCAGCUAGAAAUAAGUGUCAUGUACUGUAGUUGCUUGCUUAGUCAAUUACUGUGUUGUAAGCUCCCCCCUUUGCGGAGUUAUGCUUAUCUUAACUGCAAUAAAUUAAAGAGAUGAGUUGGUAUUAA